UUCAACUCCGCGCUGAUUUCAACUGGAAAUACGAAAAUAUGUCAAUUUGUUUAUUUGAUUUGACAUAGCAUUAAAUUAAACAAAAUGUAGAUAGAAUAGAAGGUUAUAUUCAAACUGAAGUGAUGCGUUUGUUAAAGCCGGCGUGGGUAAAUCACAAAGACGGGAAGCCCAUAUUCUCCAUUGAUAUUCAUCCAGAUGGCUCCAGGUUUGCAACAGGUGGACAAGGAGAUGAUACAGGGAAGAUUAUUAUAUGGAAUAUGGCUCCUGUCCGAGAUGAGAAAGCUGAGAAGAACGAAGGUGUUCCAAAAAUACUCUGUGAGAUGGACAAUCACCUAGCAUGUGUGAACAGUGUACGAUGGUCUACAAGUGGACGAUACCUGGCCUCUGGGGGAGAUGACAAGCUUGUCAUGAUCUGGCAUAUAACAAAGAUUGGUGUUGGAGGAACAGUGUUUGGUUCAGACUCAAAGAUUGUAGAGUCAUGGAGACCUGCUCAUACACUGCGAGGGCAUGCUGGAGAUGUGUUGGGUUUGGCAUGGUCACCCGGAGAUGUAUGGUUGGCAACAUGUAGCAUCGACAAUACAAUCAUUGUGUGGAAUGCUGAGAAAUUUCCAGAGCAAGUGUCUGUGUUGAAAGGUCAUACAGGUUUGGUGAAGGGGGUUACCUGGGAUCCAGUUGGCAAGUACCUCGCCUCACAGUCUGAUGAUAAAUCUUUGAGAGUGUGGAGAACUCGAGACUGGCAGCAGGAAGCCAUGGUUACUGAACCAUUUAAAGAGUGUGGAGGGACAACACACGUUUUACGUUGUGACUGGUCACCAGAUGGUCAUUAUGUUGUAUCAGCACAUGCAAUGAAUAACUCCGGACCUACUGCACAGAUUGUAGAGAGAGAUGGCUGGAAGACGUCCCUAGACUUUGUGGGACAUCGAAAGGCUAUAACUGUUGUUAGGUUUAAUCCAGGAAUUCUAUUCAAGAAGUUCAAGAAAGAUGUGCAGAAGCCCCAGCAGUAUACAUGUUGUGCUAUUGGUAGUAGAGACAGGUCUCUCUCUAUAUGGUUGACUGCAUUGAAACGACCUCUGGUUGUGACCCAUGACCUAUUCACAAACUCAGUUGUAGACAUUUCUUGGGCGAGUAGCGGUACAGAAUUGCUGUGUUGUUCCUGUGAUGGGACGGUGGCCUACAUCAAGUUUAAACAAGAGGAGAUUGGUACACCCAUGGGUAAAUCUGACGUGAAUCGCCUGCUUGAGAAGAUAUACGGUAAAACAAUCACCAAGAGUAACAUCAAUAGUUCAGCCAGUCAGAUCAUAGAAUCUGCCGAUAUACUUAAACUACAACAACAACAACUAAAAGCGAUGAACAGCUUCCCAAAGAAAAGUCACCCAACAGACAAACAGAUAGAAACAAAGACAGCAGAUGGUCGGAGAAGGAUUACGCCAAUAUUCUUGCCGGUACAACCUGAUGUAGGGGAAGGACCAGCUCCAUUUACCAACAACAGUCUGAUAAAUUUUGAGACAUGUAAGUCCGGUACCACUAUACAGGUGGAGAAACAGGACAAGGUCACCCACAGUGGUCUCCUCUCACCUCCCCCUCUUCAGGGCAACUCCCCACAGGCUAAACCCUGGGGGGCUGAGACUACGCCAAAAUCAUCGUCAUCAUCAAAAUCACCCGCAGGGGAGAACAAAACCAUAGACUCUGUUGUACAGCCAUUAGCUGCACUGGACAACAAGCAGGAUAAACCAUCAAGUAGCAAACUUACUGAUACACCAAAAUCAUCCGACAAACAUCCAGCCAGUCAUACAAACAGUGAAAAAGUCAAGACUUCGUUGUCACUGAAGAGGAAACAUGACAAAGAUGAAGGGCCAAAGAAAAGGGGUCGUCCCAGAUUAAUCGAUAAAGAACAGAGUAAACGAACUCCCUCUAAUACACCGGUUGUGUCAUCUCAUCAUAUCGCAGAAAAGGAAAGUGUGCGUUAUGUUCCGUCAACUUCUGAUCUCAUGUUACGUGUGCCAAAUAUAGAGAAGCAUCAUACAGUACAGAUUCUUGAUGGGUCAGGAGAUGGUGGAUUUACCUUGGAAAUAAAGAACAAUAUCCAGACUGGUACCACAGUAUUACACAAGUUACAAUGUAUACAAGGUGGUAACACAGUCUGGGAGCAGAUACUGGCAUCACAAAUUAUAGCCGUUGCAGGUUCAAGGAACACAUCAUGUGCAGCCUGUGUAGAUUGUUCUCUAUCAUUGUUUAACAGUAUAGGGCAGAAAGUUUUACCAAGUAUUGUUUUGAAUUCUAAAAUCUCAGUCCUAGAUGUAAAUGGACAUUAUGUAAUGGCAAUUUCUUCAAAAGGCAGCUUAUAUGUGUGGAACACUCAGAGUUUAUCAUGUGUUGUGAAAAAUGAACAGUUAUCCUCGAUAAUGAAAUCUGAUGAGGAUGUAUUAAAGGCAUUUGUGACAAGUGAAGGUAUUCCUGUGGUUACAUUAUCCACUAACAAAUCCUACUCCUUCAAUCCACAGCUGGCUUGCUGGUUGUUGAUAAAUGACAGAAAUGAUAAAGUUCACAGAUGUUCUGCACAUUAUCACAGUAAACCCAGGAUCAGUACCUCUAUAUCAGGGACCCUUACAUCAUUACAAAUAUCUCAGGAUAAAGCUCAGGGUACAUCUCGGGGAGUGAUGCAGACAGGGCCUGAAAUACGACAGUUAUCCACAUUAAACCAUCUAGAAACUCAACUCCAUACAUGUAUACAUCUGAAGUCCGCCACAGAAUACAAGUUCUGGUUACAAACCUAUGUUAGAUAUCUCGUUCAAGAAGGUAUUGAAGUUCGAUUACGAGAAGUAUGCAGUGAUUUGCUUGGACCUGUCUAUCAAUCAAAGGGAAAGAACUCCUGGCAACAAACAGUAUUGGGUUUUAACAAGAGAGAGUUAUUGAAGGAGUUACUGCCCUUGUUCAGUGAAAAUUUGAAGGCAUUGCAGAGAUUGUACACAGAAUUUCAGGAGCAGUUGGAGAUAGCAGAGACUGGCUGAGACCAGCUAUACCUGUACCAGAGGAACUUAUUCUUCAGUGGACAUUACAGGCUUUGCUACAUUUAUUCUGCUGUAUGGGCUGGAAGGCAGGAACUUCACUAUUGUAGCUUACAUCAUCGAGUGCUCAACAAUUUUAGUCUGAGAUUAGUGUUGCCUGCCAUAUUCAGGAAUUUUUUCGGAGAAGUUUUUUAUACCAACUUCAUCAGGACAUCUGUGUAGGAGUUUAGUUAUCAGGGAUUUUAUUAAUCAUGUGGCCACAUGAAUUGAAUGCAGAGAAGCAUUACAGUUACUUGAGAGGACAGUUGCUUUUGAGCAUGUUGACUGCAUUUGAGCCGCACCAUGAGAAAACCAACAUAGUGGCUUUGCAACCAGCAUGGAUCCAGACCAGCCUGCCCAUCCGCGCUGUCUGGUCAGGAUCCAUGCAGUUUGCCUUCAAAGCCUAUUGCAAUUAGAGAAACCAUUAGCAAACAGCAUGGAUCCUGACCAGACUGCUUGGAUGCACAGGCUGGUCUGGAUCCAUGCUGGUAGCAAAGCCACUAUGUUUGUUUUCUCACAGUGCAGCUCAUUUUUUGAUUAUGAAGAUGUUGAAAGUUGCUAGAAUUGUUGUAGUAGCCUAGUCUAAUUAAUUGUUCAGAGGGACUCAUUUUGUCACACUGUCAGUAAAAACUGUUGUAAGUUUUACAUAUGCGGGAAAUAAAGAACAUUUGGUUGCACUCCUGUAAAGUGUUUAAACAUGUAAUUUUGACUGCAGAUUGUGGUUAUUUGAUGUAAAGUGAUAAUACAUGUAUGUCUUGGUCACAAUCAAUGAAGAUACAAUGCAAUGUCACUCGCUCAUGUGUAGAUGUUAAAAGAGACUAGGUACCCAUUAAAAAAAAACUUUGCUAUUAUGUAUCUGUGAUGAAAGCACGUUUUUUUUCUGCCUGCAUUUGAAUGAGUAAUCUUGAAUUUCAUCCUUCAGAAACAUUCUGUCACCAACUUUCUUUCCAAAAAGAAAUAGGAAAAAGUGAAGACCAGUUGAAAGAAAAUAUGACAUUCCUGCAUAUAUUGAUCCUAGUAUGCACCUAUAGCAGUAUGUGACCCCAUUUUAUUGUAGUUAACACAGAGUGCAAUUUCUGCUUUAACUCUUUGUUUUUGAAAUCACAGAAGAACAGUUGUUUGAGGUUGCAAGGGGUGAACAAAAUGCUCUAGUUAUCAAGGCUUUUGAGUGAUCCACAUAAUGAAAAUAAAAGAAAUUUGGUCAUGGACCAUUUUACUUGCUUGAGCAAGUGGUGUUUAACGCUUAGCCUGCUAAAUUUCUAUAAUGAACUUGUACAUCUUUCAAUUUGGACAGCACCAUUAGCUGUUUAAAAGGGUGUUUACCAAAAAGAUACUGACUGAAUAGCAAACAGUGCAGAUCAUAAUCUACACUGGUCGCAAAGGCAGAACCAGUCGUGUCUAGCAUGCUAAGGGUUAACUGUAUUUGGUGAAGCUGUUGGGAUUGAGAUUUCAUAAUGCGGUUUUGAGAAAAAUAGUGCUUGAAAAAAUAAAAAAAGUUCUUCAGAAGAACUCUCUUUGAAUAUUGUCUCAUAUGUGCUAUAUGAACUGUUUUGGUUAAAUAUACUUCAGCUUUCUGCCAGAGUGAACUGUGGAUUCUGCAGUCAAAUAGGGCUCCUGUUUGAACAAACUGAAUAUUUUAAAGUUUAGAAUGUAUUUGGCUGCUGUAUAUUUAUGCUGUUGUAUGUUGUGUUGUUUGUCUUGAUGAUGGCCACUUUUUUGUAAGUACAUACAAGGCCCAUAUUCAUUAACAUAUUAAGUUGAAACAUAGGACUUUAACCCUUACCCUGCUAAAUUUCUGUGAUGAACUUGUCCAUCUUUCAAUUUGGACAGUACCAUUUACUGUUAAAAGAGGUGAUUACCAAAAAAAAAAAAUACUGAAUGAAUGGCGAACAUCUGUGCAGGCUGAUCAAGAUCUACACUUGUCACAAAGGCAGAAUCAUUUACUGGCAGCAGGCUAACGGUUAAAAUGCUAAAUUUUCAUUUUAGCUCUGCCAUUGGCACAUGUGAAUAGGUUGCAAUGAAACUUUACAGGAAUCAUCAUCCUGCAACUUCUGAUAGUCCAAGAAAAUUCCAGUACAAUGAAUAUGCUGUAGACAAAAUUAUGGCAAAUUGAAUAUUUGUCAUUCUUAAGCCUUAACUUUCAGAUUUUUUACCCUGCCUAUUUCUAAAAUGGACUGAUCCAUUUGUUAUUCAAAGGGGUGUUCACUGAAAAUUUACGGACUGAAUAGAGAACAGUGCAGGCUGAUCUUUGUCUGCACUGGGCGCAAAGGCAAAAUCAGUUGCCACUAGCAGGCUAAAGGUUAAAGAUGUUAUUAAAUAUGGGCCAAAAGUCUUGAUUGUUAUAACAUAGAUCUCAGAAUGGCAUUUCAAAUUUCAUAAUAUAUUCUUUAUGCUAUGGUCACAUCCGACCCUCACAGGAUAAUUUUUUCGUUUCAGUUAGUCUCUUAUUUUAAGACGUUUAAUUGGAAUAUUCAAUUCAUCACUCAUUUCAUGUCAUUGAUAGAGUUGAGAUUUCCAGAGUGUAAAUAGUAAACAACUUAUAAUUCUAAAAGAAAGCUUAAAAAUAGACCUGUGGCAUUUGUUACUAUUGACACAAGCUAAAAUGCUGUUUUAGUUUACUGUAUACUUUUUCAUAUUUACUUUGCUAGGGAAAGAGUUGUGAUCAAAAUUUGCUAUUGUGUACAGCAUAGCAAGAUGGCUACUUUGAUUUAUUUCAAAAGGCACGGUUUCUUCAUUCUAUUUAUUUCAUAUCAGCAUUUAUAUUUGUUACUUUACAUAACUCCGUAUGAAGUUAUCAUUUAGCCUUUGUUGUUUAUUUAUGAUUAUUAAAUAGCUCAUUAUUUUUCAAGAAACACAUUUUUAAAGACGUCUUCAUAUUUUUUGACAAAAUUUGUUAUGUUUUCUUUCUUUAAGGAAUAUAAAUGUUUUGGACUUAUUUGUAACGUCAGUGGACUACUAUUAUUUCUUUCUUUGUACAAAGUUUUGAAACUUUGUAGUCCAGUCUAAAUAGCUAGCAUUUGAUUGGCUGUUUCUUAGCCUCCUUCUGAAAUCAACCAAUGGCAUGUUUGCAUUUCCAGACUGGUCUCCAAGCACAAUUUUAUAACAGGUGGAACCAGUUUAAAUUGAGCUUCCAGUGUCUUCUGUACAUGUAUAUAAAUUAUGGUCUUUCUAUGUUGUUCUGUUUCAUAUUGCAGUGUGUAAACUAAAGGUAACACUUGACAUUUUUUAUAGCACAAAAGUGUGUUUACAAUAAUGUGGUGCCAGUAUUGUAUAGAAUUGGGGCAACUAUUUGCGCUUUAUGUAAGAUUUUUAACUUUUGUCUGUAUGCAUGAAUAAAGUAUGGAUAAUUAUGCCCCCCCCCCCCCACCCCUCGAAGGAGGGGUAUAUUAUUUUGCAGAUGUCUGUCGGUCUGUCUUGCCGGUCCGUAGACCAAUCGUUUUCCAGAUGAUAUCUCAAGAACACUUGGGCCUAGGAUCAUGAAAGUUGAUAGUCAUGACCAGCAGAUGACACCUAUUGAUUUUGAGAUCAGUAGGUCAAAGGUUAAGGUCUCAGUGACCCGGAACAGUUAAACCGUUUCAGGACUGAUAACUUGAACGCUUGGGCCUAGGAUCUCAAAACUUGAUAGGGAGGUUGAUCAUGACUAGUAGAUGACCCCGAUUGAUUUUUGGGGUCACUUGGUCAAAGGUCAAGGUCAUAAUUGGUUAAAUCCAUUUCUGAUUAUUAUCUUGAGAACCAUUUGACCUUGAGCCUUCAUUAUUUAUUGGAUGUUUAGUGUUGUGAUAAUUUCUGGGUCAAAGGUCAUGGUCAGUUAGGGUCAAAUUUAUUUUAAAGCAAUAUCUUGAGAUCAGUUUGGCUUGCAUGCUUCAAAUAUCAUGGGUUGUAGAUGACCCCUAUCAUUCUUUAACCUGGAUCAAAGGUCGAGAUCAUUUUAUAAUUAAGGCUAUCAGCGGGGCAUAUGUGUUUUUCAAUCAGCUCUUGUUAACUUAUUGAAGUGACUUAUAAACAAUAAAUGGGCACUGGCAGAAUCACUUGCCGCCAGCAGGCUAAAGGUUAAGUAAUGGCAUAGUUUGAGUUGGAAUGUAACCAGGUAAUGCAUGUUAUUGCUGUUUAAUGAGUUGCUGAUUAUAUACCUAAGUACAAUAAUGUGUACUGGCUCAUUUACACCAUCCGUGGUUAAGGUCACUGACUUCCAGUCACUUUCCCCUUACCGUUGUGGGUUCGAACCUCACUCCAGCUGGCUUAGGGAAGUAUGGAAAGUUGCUAUAUGACCUAUAAUUGUGCCUGUGCGACGUUAAACCCAACAAAAAAAAAAUUACAUCAUCUAAUCAUAUAAAAUCAGUUUUAACAAAAGUUUUAACAUCAUGGUAAUAUGACAUCACACACAAAUUUUGUUCCAGUACCGUAACAGUUACUGUGAGUGUUUCUGGAUAUUGGCAUGGAUUACAGGAUUCUGUACUGUACAAAUUUGUCACUAUUCAUGGUAUAUAACAAAAUUUCUUAUGUAAAGUGAAUUUUAUUUAUACUAAUUUGUAUUAGCUUGAUUGUGAUGAAAGCUUCAAGCUUAUUGGAACCACUUUUGAGUCAGCUUCUUGGAGAAAUGGCUACUGGUGUCAUAUGAGAAGUCUUGGUCGUGACCCCAGUGGGGCUCGAACCCAUGACCCCUGGAUUGAGCGGCCGACACCUUAUCCGCUAGACCACCGCUCCCCAUUGAAAAGUGAAUUUUAGAGCUCUGUUACAAAUGGCAGUAUAAAUACACACAUUGUGGGUGUUUUUUCCCAGACAAUUGAGAACCAAUUUGAACAUCUUGAAUAACACGGCAGUAAUAAACUCAUAUACUCUGGUUCUGAAUGUUGUGUAGUUCUUAGAACAGGUCAACAAUGCUUUAGAUAUUGUCUUUUUAUCAAUGCAGAAUAAUUGAUAUAUAAGUAAAAUAGUUUGAUUGCAUGUGAUUUAAUUCGGAAAUCAAGAUAAGUUGUAUAUUAGUUGGCUAGCCUCUGAAAGCAAGCUGUACUUUCUGCUACUGUCACUGUUGUUAAAGCUUGUAUUGUGUAUCAUUUCUUUUCUUAUAAAUUUUUAAAUAUUAAACCAUGUCAGGCCCGUAUCCAAAUAUAUUUGACAGGGGCACCAGUCUAGAAUGUAGACGUCACUGCCCAGGUGCAAAGCGUCAAUAGUGGGUAGCAAUGGGAGGGGGGCUCUGCCCAUGUUAGGGGGGCCUCCCCCUGAAAAUUUUUGAAAUAAUGGCAUGAAAUUGUAGCCUCAGGUGCAUUUUUUGUCUAAAUUUUGAGAUAAUGGAGGAGUUACUCCCCUCCUGAUGGGGAGCGGGGUUAGAGGGCUCUCCUCCUUGAAAAUUUUGAAAUACAGGUAUGAAAUGGUGGUCUCUGACGCAUUUCUAGGUCUAAAUUUUG